UUGCGGAUUUCUUGUGCAAACUCCGCAGUGUCAGAGAGAGGAAGGUGAAAAUAAGAAAAAUUGUGGGCUGCAAAUUAAUUGUGGAAUUUUCUGGGUCAAUUGCUCGAGUGUGAUGUCGUUCAAGAAGGAUCUCGUGUUGCUGCUGAAGCCCUAUUACUGGGUAAACAUUCUGCUAAGUCUGUCGUAUAUCAUUGCCAAAAGAGCGCCCUAUGUCUGCACAAUUCUCUUCGAUCAAGCAGAACAGUGCGAACUGGAUGGCCGGGAAACGGAAAUCCUCUUCUUCCUGCUCAUUGUCGUGAUGAUCCGAACCAGAAAGGCUGGCAGUGUCACCAUGAUUAACUACCUGACAUCAUCAUUCAUGUACACCAAAUUUGCCAAUCUCAUUCUCUGGUUCUACAGCGAUUUUCGCUAUGGAGUCUCCUAUGGGGCGCUCUUCAUCCUCCUGGCACUCAUUUUGCCUGAACCAACAUAUUCUGGACCCGAAAACGUCCUCUACUUCCGCGGACUCAAUACCCUGGAGGAAGAACUUGAGCGUGACAAGAGGGUCUCCUGGCUCGUGGAAUUUUACACUGUCUGGAAUCCAGCUUGCGUAAACUUUGCUCCAGUAUUCGCACAAUUGUCCUCCGAGUACCACUUAGAUAACUUAAAAUUCGGAAAAAUUGAUUUGGGACGAUUUCCAGAGGCAGGAAAGAAGUUCCAUGUCUCAGAUAGCUCACUCAGUCGUCAGCUUCCAUCGUUAAUCCUCUUCCGGAAUGGCAAAGAAGUGGCCAGGAGACCAAUGGCCGAUGCUCAUGGCAAACUGCAGAAGUUCUUCUUCUCCGAGGACAACAUUAAGGCAGCCUUCGAUCUCAAUAAUCUCUAUCGUGAGUGCAAGGAGAAUCCCAUCAAGAAGGCAGCCGCUCUAACUGCUGAUGACAAGAAAAAGAAUUGAGGGCAUUUUCAUUCACUGCCAGUGACGUAUUUUUCCUGUAGGAUUCGCAAUAUUUAUUUAGUCUUAGGCCUCUCGAGUGUUUGUAGAUAGAAAAUCUGUAAAAUUGUAUUUGUUGAAGAAAUUGAUAAAAGAGAUAAAAGAAGAUUCGAUUGCAGUGACAA